AUGGACCAACAAGCUGCGUCAGAAAAGAGCCCCGGGCAGCCGGCAGUAAAGGCGAGGAAGCGGAAUGCUGCCGAUGCAGAGUCCAUCCCUGAGACAGUGGCUACUGGACGAAGCAAGAGGGGCAAGUAUACCACUGUAGCUUGCGAUGAUUGUAAAAAAAAGAAGCUCAAAUGUAUACCGACAGCAGAUGACAGCAACUGCGAGCGGUGUGUCUCUGGUGGUUUAUCGUGUACCUUUGGUACGACUACGGUCCAAUUACCCAAGGACAGGUCGGAAAAGUACAAUCAGAGUCUUGGCAGUGAAAUCUCACAACUUCGCCAACAAGUCUCGGAGUUGAUCGUCGUAGUACACGAACUCAAACAACAAACCCAGCGACCCCAGAACCCGGCAACAGUCUCACCGCAUACACGCGACAACAUCGCCAUACAUUCGCCAGCAAGUGCCCGUAGCCAAGUCCCACGACAGCCCCACUUCGUCGGUCCAACACGGUCAGCGUUUGGUAUUCUUGUCGGCGAACGGUCGCUGAAUCGUAUUGGAGUACCAAAGUUCGACUCGAUGCCCCCAAGUGGUGCACAGUCUCCUGUUGGGCCGACGAGUGAUGAACCGAUCAGUGACUUGGAGUUCUGGAAUUGUUGUACUGCGAAUGAUGUAACAAGAUAUCUGGUCACAUUCCAGGAGGAGGUUGAGAGUGUGUAUCCAUUUAUCGACAUCGGCGAUUAUAUUGCACAAAGCAAAGAAAUUCUGCAGAUAAUCCAGGGCUCAAGCUCCAUCGCGGAUGAUGAAAGAUUGUGUAGUCAAGAUGUUACACUUGCAAAAGUUGCGGUAGCCACGGGGCUUAUAUUGGACGAGCCGAGUAAGAUAGAACUGACUACCGCCAUAGUGGAUUCCGUGCAGUUGAAUCUUUCGAGCAUACUUAGCCCGCAGGUCGACCUCAAGGAAAUCCAACUACUGGCAAUGCUGAGUAUAUACUACUUUCACUCAGGCGAAGAACUUCUUGCUUGGCGCACCAUCGGCAUCGCCGCUCGCGAAGCCCUGGAAAUGGGCCUUCAUCGUAAGCGAAGCUUGCUGGACAACUUCAAAGACACCGACUCUCGCAGACUGGCCACAAGGGUCUUCUGGUGUGUCUAUGUCUUGGACCGAAGAUGGAGUUUUGGAACGAGUUUGUCAUUUGCCUUGGUAGACAAGGAUGUUGACCCAGAGUUACCAAAGCCAGAUGAAGAAUAUCUCUAUCUCCAGUGUAUGGUCGGUUACGGCCAGUUGUGUUCUAGAAUCUGGGAAGCGAUUCCACCUUUUGGGUCUGCAUCACAAAGUAUACCGGAUGACACAGCCGCAGCACUGGACUUACAAACUCAAGACUGGCUUGAGUCUAUCCCUUCCCAUCUGAGGCUUCGUCAUCCGCGGUUGGGACUUGCUCCGCGCGCACAGCCAAGACUCCCUCACCGUCUCCGUGCACUUUUGUAUCUGCGUGGGAACUAUGUUCGGAUCCUGAUCUAUCGACACCAUCUCAUGAGCACAGACAGUAUCGCAUCUAACCCUCAAAGUGCAUGGCUUGUAGUUGACAUUGCACAAGACACUAUCCAAGUCUUGGUUCAUUUGCAUUCUACAACAGACAUCUACUCUAGGCAGCAGAGUGCGUUCAACUACUUCCUCCUUAGUGCUUUGGCUGUCUUGUUCCUGGCUGUCUGUCACGCCCCGGAGACGUUCUCUGCACCAUGUCGACGGACGUUUUCUGAUGGGGUCGACCUUGUAAGGGGACUUUCAAGACACAGUAUGGUCAGCAAGCGGUUAUGGAAGAGUAUCAGGGGAGUGAUACCGAGGAUUAAAAGCUUUGGGUUUCCCGCGACUCAGGAUGAGAGUCAAGGACAAGGACAAGACGAAGGGGAUGGGGAAGCGACAGGCGGCGCAAAUGGGCAAGUCAGCCCAACGCAACUGACGGCAGCAGUGGAAGAGCAGAUGCCUGUUUCUACCAUUGAUGGUGAAGCUUUACCUUUUGGGGACAUAGCGAUGCCUGAAGGAGACUUUCUUGGCUCCGUACCUGACAUGUUCCAGAUGAGAAAUGAUCUACUCGAUCUUUUCGAUGCAAUUGGGCAGGGUCAACAGUUCCUACAACCCGUUCCUGGCGCAUUCACGCACGAUACGGAUUUCACAACAACUACUGACGAGACUCAUGAUAUCUCAAUGCGUUUUCAAGGGCUCAUCUAA